CUUUAAAAAACAAAGAAAAGAAAUGUGAAAAAAGAGAGUCUUUGAGCUCACAGAAAGUUUCAACUAGCCGCAUAAACAGAGAGUAACACAGAGAGAGAGAGAGAGAGAGAGAGAGGGGGGUAUUCACAGUCAGUGUUUGUGUUCUUUAUUGAUCUAUGUUAUUGUUUUCGAAGGUUCCUAAUUAAGGACUGCUUCAUUGGAAGAAUGUAUUCUGAUAGCAAAGAUUGCAGUUGGCUACCCAUGGGAGCAUGCUCAUGUGUCAUAUUUACUGCUUUGUGGCGUGGCUGUUUAUCCAGGUGAAGUUAGACCACAUGGAUAGAAAAUUGGGUAAAGGUACAAUGGAUCAACAGAAAAACUACGAGCAAGUUCGAUACAGUACUGUUGAAACUAGAAAUGAGGGACAUGGGUCUGCCAAUCAAAGGUUUUUCCCGGAUCCAUCAAGUAAUAUUAACACUAACAUGCGACCUCCAGAUUACAAUGUUGCUGUUGGAGCCAGGCCUGUGUUGAAUUACUCCAUUCAGACCGGUGAGGAAUUUGCUCUUGAAUUUAUGCGGGAGAGGGUGAACCCAAGGCAGCAUUUAGUUCCACAUGCUUCGGGGGAUCCUAAUAGCUCUCCUAACUAUAUGGAUCUAAAAGGCAUACUGGGUAUUAGCCAUACAGGUUCAGAAAGUGGGUCUGAUAUUUCUUUGCUGAACUCAGUAGAAAAAAGUCGUGUUCAGGAAUUUGAAAGAAAGGCAUCUUAUGCACAUGAAGAUAAGAGUUACUAUGAUUCGGUACGGUUACCACAAACCUCAUCAAGGAAUGACAUCAAUCGAGGACUCAGUCAUAUCUCUUCAGGACUAUCUGAUAGCUCAGUGAGAAAACUGAAGUUUCUCUGUAGUUUCGGUGGUAAAAUUUUGCCUCGUCCUAGUGAUGGAAGGCUUAGAUAUGUCGGAGGUGAAACACGUAUUAUCCGGGUAAACAGGGAUAUCUUUUGGCAGGAUCUUAUGCAGAAAAUGUUGACAAUUUAUGAACAAACUCGUGCAAUAAAGUAUCAGCUUCCUGGUGAGGAUCUUGAUGCACUUGUUUCUGUUUCUUGUGAUGAAGAUCUGCAAAACAUGAUGGAGGAAUGCACUGUGCUACAAAAUGGGGGAUCACAGAAACCUAGGAUGUUCCUGUUUUCCAGUCUUGAUUUGGAGGAUUCUCAGUUUGGUGUAGAAAGCAUAGAUGGUGAUCCUGAGAUGCAAUAUGUAGUUGCUGUAAAUGGUAUGGACCUAGGUUUAAGAAAAAAUUCUAUUGCUUUGGCAAGUUCUUCUGGCAACAAUUUGGAAGAGUUACUCGGUCUAAAUGUUGCAAGGGAGAGCACUCGAGCAGUGCCUGAUACAGCUGGUGCUAGCACAACACCGUCAGCAGCAAAUGUGCCUUCCUCAACUAAUCAAUCAUCUCAAUCGGUAGUUCCAGGAUCUUCAGGUGCUUAUGAAUCCAAUUCACACCCAUACCAGGGACAGAAGAUGCACAGUGGAGAAGCGAGACAGCAUCCACUGACAACUUUCCACGCUGUGGAGAGCUUCCCUGGGAAAGAUGGACAGAGUACUGUGCCCAGUACUGUGCCCUCUUCUGCUCCAUUGCAAUAUGAUUUUGGUUCUCACCCUUCUCACUAUGCAACGCCUGGAGGGAACAUAGAUUCAAUGGCUAUAUAUGGACAAUCCACUCAACAAGGGGGUUUGAUUGAAGAGCAGCUAUAUGGUGGCAUACACGGGCAAGAUUCAGAAUUGCCCAGAAAGGAGGUGAAAUUGAAAAGAGAUAGCUCAGCGCAAAAGAUAAAUGAACCUGAGAAAAUUCAAUCUUUAGAGAAGGAAGCUCCACUAAAGGAAGCAAGAAUGAAGAGAGAGAACUCUCUCCAUAAGAUAAAUGAAAGUGAUAAACUUAGGAAUUUAGAAAAUGAGAACGCUGUUUCUCUACCUCCAUAUGAUGGUUCAGUUGCCAAUUCAGCAGCAGAGACAGGAUCAUCUCUGGUGGCUACAAGAAGCAACAAAAAGCUCCAGGAACCUCGACAAAAUCCAAUUACCUCUGAAGAUGUAAAUGACGGGAAAAGGAACAAUGAAGAUGACCAAUUCAACACAUCGAGUGGACCGUCUAAUCCUGGAUAUGGUGGCUCUGAGGUUGAUUCCAGAUAUGGUGGCUCUGAGGUUGAUUCUAUGGACUUUAGCUACCUUGAACCGCCUGUGGCUCCCCAGCGUGUCUAUCAUUCUGAGCGGAUCCCCAGGGAACAAGCAGAAUUGAACCGUUUGUCAAAAUCUGGCGAUUCUUUUGGUUCUCAGUUUAUGAUAAGUCAGGCACGUUCUGAUCACUCACAACCAAUUGCGGACUCUGUUGAUAAAUUGCAUGAUGAAAAUGUUCCUUUGCAGUCUGAGCAGUCUGGCUUACCUUCAAAACUACUGCAUGUUGAAGAUGGACUGGCACAAUUUGAAAAGUAUAAAGAAUUUGCUGAAAAUAUUAACAAAAUGAAUACUGAUGCUUAUCAUGAGGGGCUUGAGUCAAAGGUACAAACUCCUGACUUGAGACAUGUAGCUGUUAAUUCUGUGGAUGGCCAUGAAAUGGGCCGGCUAAAAGAUAACUACAAAGACCCAACUAUCAAUGAUAAAGAAGUGGCUGCACGGACUCAACUGACUGCUGGUCAAGAAACUUCUGGUAAGCUUAAAGAUUCUGCUUCAGUUCCAUCUGAAUUUGAAUGGACUGAGGUUGCCGCCAAUAAGGACCAAGGGAAUAAUGCCGAGGGUCAAGCGCAUCCAUUGUCUUGGACAGAGAACCCAGCUAAAGGUGUUGCUCAUGGUGAGUCUACUGCUGGGGUUGGUAACCCAGAGCAGGGAGAUAUUCUCAUUGAUAUUAAUGACCGAUUUCCUCGUGAUUUCCUGUCUGAUAUAUUUUCCAAGGCUAGAAUCUCAGGGGACCUUUCUGGCAUGAGUCCACUUCCUGGGGAUGGAACUGGCUUGAGCUUGAACAUGGAGAAUCAUGAGCCUAAGCAUUGGUCAUAUUUCCGAAAUUUGGCUCAGAAUGAAUUUGUUAGAAAAGAUGUUUCCCUUAUGGAUCAGGACCAUCUGGGUUUCCCAUCCCCACUGACCAAUCUUCGAGAAGGAGUUGCAGUAGAUUACAGCUAUCCACCUUUGAAGCCUGAUGGAGUUGUUUUCGGUCACACUGACACCCAUAUAAAUUUUGAUGAGGAUAUUCGUCAAGAAUCAUCUGGUAUAGCCAGUCCCAACACCAUGAAUUUAGCUUCAGAAUACAAUCCCUCUCCACCCAAGGGAAUUGAGAGUGAGCAGGUGGAUGGGGUAAAUCAUGGAAUACGAGAAUCAGAGUAUGAGGAUGGCGAGCUAAAUACUCAGAACACAGGUUCUCUUGUUGAUCUUUCUCGGGGAGAAUUUGAUAUUAGUACCUUGCAGAUCAUAGAGAAUGAAGAUCUUGAAGAGCUUAGGGAAUUGGGUUCUGGCACAUUUGGGACAGUUUAUCAUGGAAAAUGGAGGGGAACAGAUGUUGCCAUUAAGCGUAUAAAAAAGAGCUGUUUCACAGGGCGCUCAUCAGAGCAAGAAAGACUGACUGUUGAGUUCUGGCGUGAAGCCGAAAUUCUUUCGAAGCUUCACCAUCCAAAUGUGGUUGCAUUUUAUGGCGUUGUCCAGAAUGGACCAGGAGGAACACUAGCCACCGUGACUGAGUUCAUGGUGAAUGGCUCUCUGAGGCAUGUUUUACUUAGCAAGGAGAGACAUCUUGAUCGUCGUAAGCGGCUCAUUAUUGCUAUGGAUGCGGCAUUUGGAAUGGAAUAUCUGCAUUCAAAAAACAUAGUACACUUUGAUUUGAAAUGUGACAAUUUGCUUGUGAACUUGAAAGACCCUUUACGACCCAUUUGCAAGGUUGGAGAUUUUGGCUUGUCAAAAAUCAAAAGAAACACCUUAGUUACUGGUGGUGUGAGGGGAACCCUACCCUGGAUGGCUCCAGAGCUUCUUAAUGGUAGCAGUAGUAAGGUUUCUGAAAAGGUUGAUGUAUUCUCCUUUGGUAUUGUCUUAUGGGAGAUUCUAACUGGUGAGGAGCCUUAUGCCAAUAUGCAUUAUGGAGCAAUCAUAGGAGGCAUUGUGAAUAACACAUUGAGGCCACCUGUGCCAGGCUAUUGUGAUUCCGAGUGGAAGUUGCUAAUGGAGCAAUGCUGGGCCGCUGAUCCCAUUGCUCGCCCAUCAUUUACAGAAAUAACUAGACGCUUGCGGGUGAUGUCUGCAGCUUGCCGAACUAAACCACAAGUUCAAGGACAGAGCCAGGUACCCAAGUAGCAGGGUUUGAUAUGAUUCACUCGUGCAAUCUUAGCUUAGCAUGAGUUGAUCAUAAGAAUUUCUUUAUACUCCAUAUAGGUUGUGUGUAUUAUAUGAGUAGGGAGAAAGGCUCCCGUUGUAUGGUGGAACUAUAGGGUUUGGGUCUAAAACCUUACUGGACGACGGAAUGAUUGUGUUGUGUAUUGGUGCAUAAAUGGGAAGAAUUGGUUUAUAUGUAAA